AUGGAGCACAUUUCAAACGCAGAAAAGAUGCGAGAAAUGACCUCGAUCGAGUACUGGAUCCUCCCGCUCGUCUGCGCCAGCCACUUGAAGGAAAUAAACUGGCUGCAUCCUCCCUGGGCCGAUCAACUUGAAGACGGCAGAAGAGAGCUUUCCGUCGGCUUUGCGGAAGGAAUCAUCGAAAAGGGAAAGACCAGGCUUGCCGUGAGCUGGUCGUGGGAUUACUUCACUUCUGACGCGACCUACUGCGCCGAGGAGAAUUGUCAAUUUAUUCAAAAUUUUCAGAUUUCCUUUCUUGAUCUGAUUUGGUCACCAUUGGAGCGUCUUUUUCUGCGGGUAGAUGCAGUCAUUAUUGAAGAAAGUAAAGAAAGCCGAUAUGUAAGGAAAGCAGCUAGGAGAGCAGCCCCAAUAGAACUGCACGAAGAGUUUCAAAAGCGACGAGCGAAGAAACUCCACUGCUCUGAAGGCAACGAUGGCUUGCUGAUUUAUAACGCCGGCAGGACCAGUCAAGACGACCGACCCGCGCUGCCCGUGCAUAUUCCCACGGACCAGGAAGUCGAGCAGAUGAUUAAGCGAUUUGGUGCGAAAGUGCGAAGCGUUUUUGCUGAUUUAGGCCUUCCAGCGGAAAUUCGCCUCGCCAGGAGCACAAAAGAUGGAUUUUGCCCGGAAGCAGUAGGACAGUUCGCAAAUUUUCUUACAAAAAUGCAGUUUCAAAACUUUGAAAUUCAAAGUUUGAAUUUAUCCUUUUUGCGAACUCAAAUAGUGGAGUCUAUUCAAAGUUCCGUGAUAGCAGUUCUGAAAGAAAUAUUCAAAGAGUUCUCUCUGCUUCUUAAUUACUUAUAA